AUGCUAAAGGUCAAGGAGCGCUUCCAGCAUCCUAAACUGGAGGCAAAGGGAACCAAUGAGACGGACGUUUUCUCCAGAGAGCCUUUUGUCAUCCGUGUUCACUCCUCCACUACAUUGGUGAAGGAUUUUGUCCUUGUUGGGCAACACACAUGUCCAAAAACAGCCAUGCAGGAGAUCGAUGAGCUGUACGGUGUUGUCAAGCAGAUUCACAAGAAAUGGAAAACUGAGAAUGUGAUCAUCCUGGGGGACCUAAACGCUGCCUGCAGCUACGUCACCGUCAAAGGGUGGAAGGCCGUGCGCCUCAGGAACGAUCCCAGAUUUCACUGGCUAAUUGGAGACGAGCAGGACACGACGGUCAGAGAGAAGACCCGGUGCGCCUACGACAGGUGA